GUUAACAUUCUCCAUAAACAUAUACUGUAGAAGUCUCUUGUGAGUUGUAAUAGCCUCUGAUACUCCAAACUCCAGAGAGCCUUCUAUGUCUCCCUUCACACUCAUGAUGCUAACUAAAAGGCGAUCCAUUCUCCUGCUCUUGGCUUUUCUGUUAGUGCAACCAUGCAUACUUCACUUGUCUCACUCUUCCAACAACUUUACAGAUCAAUCAGCUCUCAUUGCCUUCAAAUCUGAAAUCAGUUUUCAUCCAAAUGAUACUAUCUUCUCUGCUGGUAACUGGUCCACAACAACAAACUUCUGUGAGUGGUUUGGGGUCUCUUGCAGCCGACGCAGACAAAGAGUCAGAGCCUUGAACCUUUCCUAUGUGGAUCUACACGGCACCAUUUCCCCUCAUAUUGGCAACCUCUCCUUCCUGGUCUCACUUGAUCUUCAUAACAACAGCUUCUCUGGUUUUCUGCCACAUGAGAUUGGUAAUCUACACCGCUUGAGGGAACUUCGGUUGUCAAACAACCUAUUGGAAGGAAAUAACCUCUCAGGAACCCUCCCAGUGGAUCUUUGUAGCCAUUGUCCUAAUCUUCAAGGACUGUAUAUUUCCUACAACAAAUUCAGCGGUAAGCUCCCCUCACAGUUUAAUAACUGCAGAGAGCUUUUAGUAUUAUCUCUAUCAUACAAUAUGUUUGAUGGAAGUAUUUCAAAAGGUUUUGGGAGUUUAAAAAAGGUUGAACUCCUCUAUCUUGGAGUUAACAACUUAAUUGGAAACAUUCCUCCUAUCAUAAGCAAUUUAUCGAUGUUACAAGAAUUUUAUGCUGACGAAAACAACAUUAAAGGAAGCGUGCCAAGUGAUUUAUGGCGUCUCCACAAUCUGAAGGAAUUGGGUAUUCGUCAUAACAAUCUCACUGGGACAAUACCCCAAAAUAUUUUCAACAUUACCUCUCUACAAAUACUCAACUUGAUGGGGAAUUCCUUGUCUGGAAUUUCAUUUGAUACUAGGAUCCCUUGCCGUAAUCUUGGAAUCUUGUAUCUUGGUCGCAACUACAUUAGCGGUCGUAUCCCGUCAUAUCUUUCAAAUUGUUCCAACCUCGUCGAUGUAGAUUUAUCUGGAAAUUUACUCUCUGGGCCUAUACCUAGAAGUCUUGGAAACUUAAAAUAUCUCAAAACCUUUUAUCUAGGUUAUAAUCAACUAACAGAGGAGUCUGGGCAUCAAGAGCAUAGUUUUCUUACAUCUUUAACCAGUUGCACAUCUUUAGAGGAGCUAGAUAUUUCCCUCAAUCCCUUGAAUAUUAUAAUUCCGGAAACCAUUGGAAAUUUUUCAGCUUCGCUUAAAUUCAUUGGUGCAAGUCAAAGCCAAAUAAAGGGUCAAAUUCCAAUGGGAAUCGGUUCUUUGAAAAAUUUGACUGAGCUUGAUUUGAGCUAUAACAAUUUGUCUGGAAAUUUACCGUCAACGUUAGGGGGAUUGGAGGAAUUGCAAAGAUUGCAUCUUAGUGACAAUAAUAUUGGAGGAAAGAUUCCAGAAGAGCUUUGUCAGCUAAACAAGCUGGGAGAACUACUUCUCUCAAAUAACAAAAUUUCUGGAUCCAUCCCGAAUUGCAUUGGAAACCUCAAUCUUUUGCAGAGAUUAAACUUGAGUUAUAACAAACUGACAUCAUCAAUCCCAUUGAAUGUGUGGAAUCUUGAAAAUAUGUUGUUCUUGGAUUUAUCAUCAAAUUCCCUUUACGGAUCUUUAUCUCCAAACAUGAAAACACUCAGAGCUAUUGUGUACUUGAAUUUAUCUCAUAACCAAAUUACUGGAAAAGUUCCAAGUAUCAUUGGUGCUUUUGAAAGUCUUAGUAAUCUUGAUUUGUCAAAGAAUUCAUUUCAAGGAGACAUUCCAGAUUCUUUUGGGCAAUUGAAAGGAAUGGAUCUGCUAGAUCUCUCUAACAAUAAUCUCUCAGGUGCAAUUCCUAAGUCUCUGGAGGCACUUCGGUUUCUCAAGUAUUUGAAUUUGUCAUUCAAUAAGUUAUCAGGAGAGAUACCAUUUGGUGGACCUUUUGCAAACUUCAAGGCAAAAUCAUUUUUAGGUAAUGAAGCACUUUGUGGGAAUUCAAUUUUUGGAGUUCCACCUUGCACGAGUCCCAGUUCUAAAGGAGCAAGGAUGAAACAACUUUUGCUCAAAUAUAUCAUUCCCAGCAUUGCAUCAAUUAUAAUCUUUGCAAUGCUUGUCAUUAUGCUAAGAAGACAUCCACAAUAUAACAUGCAAAUUCCAAGUUCACUUUUCACAUUACCUACAGUGGAUUGGAGAAUGAUAUCAUAUCAAGAACUUUGUCGUGGGACAAACAACUUUUGUGAAAGCAACUUGCUUGGAAUUGGAGGGUUUGGUACUGUGUACAAAGGGAUACUGUCUGAUGGGAUUACUGUUGCUGUAAAAGUUCUAAACCUACAUUUGGAGGAUGCUUUUAAAAGUUUUGAUGCUGAAUGCAAGGUGUUAAGGGCAUUACGACAUAGGAAUCUGGUUAAAGUCAUUAGUGUAUGCUCCAAUCCCCAGUUUAAAGCUUUGGUGUUGCAGUACAUGUCAAAUUAUAGCCUUGAAAAGUGGAUAUACUCUCACAACUACUGCUUGAAUCUUGUUCAAAGAGUAGGCAUUAUGGUUGAUGUUGCAUCGGCAUUAGAUUAUCUCCAUAAUGGUCAAUUAGAAUCCGUGGUGCAUUGUGAUUUGAAGCCUAGCAAUAUUCUUUUGGAUGAGGACAUGGUUGCACAUGUUGGAGACUUUGGCAUUGCAAAGAUUUUAGCUGAAAACAAGGAUGCAACCCAAACUAGAACCAUUGGUACAAUUGGCUACAUCGCACCAGAGUAUGGUUCUGAAGGGAGAGUAUCCACCAAAUGUGACAUUUAUAGCUAUGGGAUAAUAUUGUUGGAGAUGAUCACAAGAAAAAAACCUACCGAUGAAAUGUUUGUUGGAGAACUAGGUAUGAGGCAAUGGAUUGCUUCACUUCUUGACAGAAUGGAAGUUGUGGACGAUGGUUUGCUUAGUAUUGAAGAUGGAAGAGAUGUAACUGUCAUGCAAACUAUCCUUUCAUCUAUCUUGGAAUUAGGCUUGAGGUGUUCUGAAGAAUUACCAGAUGAAAGACCUAAAAUCAAGGACGUGGUGGCCAAGGUUAACAAAAUCAAAUUGGCACUACUUGGAAACAGAAAUAGGGGUGUCUGAUAUUUACACUAUUGCUCAAGUUUUUUUUCAAGGGGUAAUUUUGUUACCCUAGUUUGGUAUGUCAUCUAAUUUUAUAAGCUUUACAAGUAGUAUGUUACUCGGGACCAAAAUCAGUCAAAAUUAUCUCAAGUUAUUAGUAUUUGUAGUUAAUAUGCCAAGCUUUUAAAUUAUUGAAUAAAGAUAUGCAUGUGGUUGUAUGUGCUUGUAGCAACUAUAAGAAGGGCAUUAGUACCAACUGUAUGAAGGACCGACGAAUUCAAUUACACAAAUGUUUGCUGAAUUUUUGGUCAUGGAAUCCUGCGCAGGUAAUUUCCUCUGAAACCUUUUGUUGUCAUAUAGGUAAAUUCCUCUCAUUUGCUCUCACAGUGUUUCUUACUAGUUAGUUCUAUACAACUUAUAACCGUUUUAUCUUCCUUUGUUUGUUUUUGUCUUCUCUAUUUUCUUCUUGUGUUUCUUAAUAUGCUGUGUGAUUCCAUGGUAGUUGGAAUGGUUAUCCGUGGGUCCUUGUGAACGUUUUUUAGUUUUAAUUGACCAUACUUGACAAGUAUCCUUUAGUAUAUAUAUAAAAAGAUUACAAUAUGAAAAUAAUACUUGAACUAAAUGGGUGAUCUAGUCAUCUUUGGUGCGAACAUUGUUUAGUUAGUUAGAUGAUUUCUUAAGCAUUAGCUGAUAAGAUUUAGACACUUGUCAACCAACUAGAGGCUACCAAUGCCAAACAACUAGUAUAAGUAGUAAAAUGUAAGCUCUUUGUUAAUCAGUUUUGGUAAUUGAAUGAAUUGUUAGCCUUUGUGUGUUAUUUGGAACUAAGUGUUCUUGCAAAGGUACUUAUCCACCUAUCAAUGUGUUCUAAAUAACUCAGCCCUUUCACCGCUUCUAAACCAUACACAAAUAGCCCAUCACAUUCCCUACAUCAAGACCGAACAAAAACACUUGGGACUUUUGGUGAUCUGUUAUUUGAGCAGUUUGUUCGACAUGGUAGGUGUUGCAUAUGUUGAUUUAUGUUCUUUAUUUUGCUGUUGAUAAUUUUUUUUUCCUUUUAUAUUUUUUGUUUCCUUGGGAGUAUGAAUUGGAAGCCUUUAAAAGCUUCUGGCUUGUCAUUUUCACAAAGCUAAUGAUAUUACAUUACUUUUAAUUAUCAAUGUAAUCACCACUACUACUACUUUCAGAUUUCAUAUAUUUUUCUUUCCAAACCUUCUAUUCUUUUGUUUCAAUGCAAACUAUGCUUUGAUGCUCUUAGUUCUGUUUUUGAAUGCUUUCCUGAUAUGUUAAACUCUUGACAUUUUCAUUUUGCAUGUGCUUUAUUUUCAAAAGAUUAUUUGUUGUUGGUAGUCAAUACUGGUUUAGCAUACUACAGCUUAACUUGAUCCACUUUCACACAGUAUUUGUAUGGUUCUUCUAUAUUUAUGGCAACAUGCUGAAACUAAAAUACUUACUGGGUUCCCAUAAGACCAAUUCCUAUCCCCUUCCAACCCCCUCCCCCUGCCACGGGGCUCCCCUGGGUUAGGUGAGAUACUAAAAACCCUCUAGAUCGGAAUGAAGACAUGUCCAAAUUAUUAGCAGCUGCUCACUAUAAUUCAUAUCUUCUUACUCAUUAUCUAAUUCAUUUGUAUCAAAAAAUAAUUUUAAAUUUGAAUAGAUAUCAAUAUUAUGAAGAUCAUUGCCAUCACCAUUUCUAGUACCUGCUACAGAAUUUGCAACACCAAAACCAUUACCUAAACCAACUGUCAAUUUGAAAUCCCAGUUGUCCUCAAAGCUUAAACUAGUGGAAAAGGGUAAUCUAUUAUGGUAGUAAAGUGAGUAGUCUUGAUUUUGAACCAUGUCCCACUCUAAACCUCCCAUUAUAUUAAAUAUUUUGGCCCUACGUAUUAAAGGAAAGUUUAAACCCACACUUGAGGGGUAGUGUUAGAAUAAGGGUUAAAUUAUUAAACUCAAUCAUUUGUUAUCAACUUAAACUUUUUUAAUCUGUAGGCAUUUGUCACUUAUCUUUAGCGCUUUAGUUAUUUAUGAAAAAAAACUCUAACAUGGGAGGUUAGUAUCAAUUUUUGAUAAUGCAAAGAUCUCUAUACAAUAUUACUUUGGAGAAUGGUGAGUGCAACCCUCUCUUUUCUUAAAUUAAAAAAUAAAUAAAUAAAAAAAGAAGAA